AUGGCGUACAACACACUUAGCAUCGUGUAUCAGCAUGCUGAGCGGCUGUACAACUCCAAGGGUCCAGAGCUCAGACGGUGUUUGUUCUCGCUCAAACAGCUCUUCCAGGACGAUAAAGACCUGGUUCCAGAGUUCGUGGCCUCUGAAGGUCUGACGUGUUUCAUUAAAGUUGGAGCCGAGGCCGAUCACAACUACCAGAACUACAUCCUUAGAGCUCUCAGUCAGAUCAUGCUGUUUGUGGACGGCAUGAAUGGAGUCAUAAACCACAACGAGACUGUGCAGUGGCUCUACACGCUAACUGGAAGUCUGUCUCGUCUGCUGGUGAAAACAUCUCUGAAGCUGCUCAUCGUCUUCGUGGAGUACUCGGAGUCCAACAGUCCUCUGUUCAUCAGCGCUGUCAACAUGGUGGACAGAAACAGAGGUGUGAGGCCGUGGACUAAUGUGAUCAAUGUUCUGAAGGAGAGAAAUGGUUCUGACACGGAGCUUCUAAUGUUUGCCAUGACACUCAUCAACAAGGCCCUGGCUGCACUCCCGGACCAGGACUCGUUCUAUGAUGUGACCGACUGCCUGGAGCAGCUGGGGAUGGAGGACAUCAUCCACAAACACAUGAUGGACAAAGGGAUGGAGCCGGACCUGCGAGCACAGUUCUCCAUCUACGAGACAGCUCUGCGGAACGAGGACAACGACGGGGAUGACUCCUCCCCUCACCUCCGUAAAGACAGAAGAAAAUUGGCCAUCAGCGAGCAUGAGGGCCGCAGGAGCCGACGCUCAUCCAAUCAGAACCUCCCUGACCUCCUGUCCCCCUCCCCCACCAAUGUUACCAUCCCGUCCCCCACCAGUUUGACUGUCCUGUCCCCCACUAAUUUGACUGUCCUGUCCCCGUCCUCCUCCAGUCCUCCCGUCUCCCCUGCCAUAUCCUCCCCCAGUCUCACUCCGCUGGACAGCAACCUGUUGUCACCUCUAUCCUCUAACGCCAGUAGCCCCACCUCCAGUCCAUCUGGAUCCCAGAGAGGAUCGCCGCUGCCCCCCCACUCACCUCCCAAUGGCAGUGUGACCACGGAGCAGGAGACCAAGGUCCCACCCAGCCC